UCUAGAUUCAUACGAUUUUGAUUUAUUUUGAAAAAUACAUUUUUACAAAAAUAUGGCGAUAAUCAGAACAACGUCGGUUGUGGUAGUUUUGUGGGUGGUUCUUGCUGUGGGGAUUUGCAUGGAGAAAUGCAGGUGCCAGGGUUUACAAUCGGAAAAAGAUGCGAGUGGAGUAACGGUAGGACAUAUGGAGGCAAAAUAUAGACGAGGGAAAGAGAAAGUAGAAGCAUUUCUUAAUGUAGCGACCGAGAUCUGGUCCAAAAUGACCCCAGAAGAGAGAGAGAAAACACUAGCAACUUUUGCUUAUAAUGAAGGGAACGAGAAAGAUAUAUGGUCCAGUAUGACUCCAAAAGAGAGGGAGAAAACACAAGCGGCUUAUACAGAAGCAAAAGUGAAAGAUAUCUGGUCCCUACUGACUCCAGAAGAGAAAGAAAAAACACAAGUAGCUUUUACGGAAGGGAAAGUGAAAGAGAUCUGGUUCAAAAUGACCCUGGAAGAGAGAGAGAAAACACUAACAGCUUUUAAGGAAGGAAAAGUGAAAGAAAUCUGGUCCAAAAUGACUCCAGAAGAGAGAAAGAAAACACUUAGCAGCUUUUAAGGGAGGGAAAGAGAAAGCUUAAGCAAAAGCAACUGCACUAUCGUAGAAAAGAGAGAGCGUGAAUUAGAGUCAAGCUAAUCGUCUCAA